CCCCCUGACGAAAUGUGCGCACUCUCUUGUGGUGCUGGUUCGUGGUUCUCGGAGCUUCCUCACGAAAUUGCUUGGUUGUCGUUCUCGAUGUUGUCGUCAGGUUUCUACGCUUGGUCGCAGAGGCUCGCAACAGUAGUGGUGGUUUGGUCCUUUCGCAUUACCGAGAUCCAGCAUCCUACAAUUCAUCGUGUUAUACCCUAAUCUGUUGUCACAAAUCUAGUGGGAGCCGUAUCGUGGAGAGAGGUUUCACAGGUCUGCUUGGAGUUAGCUCAGGCGUGCAUUGCAACUGGUAGUGGAGGAAGUAAUUACUGAGUGUUUUAGUUGUACAUGCCAUACAGGAUCUUAUUUUCUUUUAGAUUUUUUCAAUUCUCCUUGGUCUCGUGUGUUCAGUUUUUGCACUGUCAAGUACAGAUCUAGGCUGUCGUUAGUUAGAACAGAGGAGAUUUUGCUCUUUAAACGGUGUGAAUUCUCGACUCUGUGUAUUUUUUUUUUGAAACUUUGGAAGCUUCAAUAUUGUGCUGGUCUUCAUGCUUCGGUUUCCGUCGUCGGACACAGAACACAAAGCGGUUGUAGUUCUAGUGGUGCAUUCUAUUCAUCUGUGCUUUCGCAAGUGUCGAGGGCGGCGAGACCAUCCUGCUACAGGAUCUUUCUCAUUUAGUUAAUGUUUCAAUCUACUGCAGGCAGUUGAAUAAGAAAUAGGAAGCGACUACUGUCGCAGCGUCGGGGGACUCUGAUUGAUACUGGUCGGAUAACCGCAAUUCUGUCAAGGGUAGCGAUGAACUUCGAGGGGCGAAAGUGUUAAAGAGUUAUUUCGGGCCUGGGAGAUGCCCGUCAGAAGGAGCUGUACUUGGUUCGUGAUGCCAAGGUCUAUCUCCUUAUCGUGAAAUUUAAUCGUGGGCUGCGUUCGAAGCCGCCUCAAGAAGGUGGCGUAUGUUAUUUGUAUGUCCUGGGAAGCUUGUCUGAACAACACAUAGGCAGGUGCUCCCUCUACAGAUCUUGCAUAUAGACAGGCUAUCUUAUUAAGGAAGACAUGAAGGUCUAUUCGCCAGUUCUAGGAGUUGGCGGCUUAGGUGAAUAUAUGGCGGAUUCUUUUUUUUCGGAGGACGAUUCCAGCUUAGUUUCCGGUAAUUGCCACUUUUCGCUGUGUAAUGCUGAAGAAACCAGCCUUUCGUUAUUCGGAGGUGACAGCGAUGAUGUCAAAGCAGACUACAACUGGGAGAACUGCUUCGGCAGUUUGGAAGAUGUCGACACCUUGCUUAGUCCUGCAACUUUGCGGUGGGCUGAUUCAGCAUCACCUCUCGACCUGCAGUCGGAGAGUGAAUUAUCUGGUACAAAGUCAUCAUCGGUCAUCGACGCUGAACCAGGUGGGAAUGGAAAGGCAGACAUCUUUGACUUGAAAAUGGAUUUCGUUCCUAUCAACAAUCUUUCUCUACCGUGUGGAGGAAAUGGUCACAAUGCGACUUUCCAUGAAGCUGAAUUUCAACCUGCAACUAGUUUUGAGAGCAGUUUGCAUAACAGUCAUGUCCCAGUUGAACAACAGUCCGAUCUGCAUUCUGGGGCCCAGGUUAAUUCAAGCGAUUGCUUAGAUGAUGAGAAGAUGAUAGAAGUUCUCACCGGAGGCAUGCCUACACCUGAAAGUAAUGGCAAUCUAUCGAUUGGGAUGGAUGUUCAAGAAGAUGAGCCAGGACCAUCUUCCGUCAGCAUCUCCGAUUCUGACAAGGUCAAAGUGGCUCAGGUCCAGAGGGCGCGACGGCAUGCCGUGACUCGCAAAAGGCUUGAAGAAAGAAGCAAGCGGCAGCUCAACUAUCGUAAGAGUUUGCAUGGUGCAGCUCAUGGCGUUACACAUGAUCUGCAAGUGUUGCAUCCGAUGCAUAUGCCGGUACAGGCAGCGCAUCUUCAUCAAUCACCUAAUCCUAUUAUGCAUACUUAUUCUGUGAACCCUCCGACCUUAUUACCUCUGCAGCCAAUGCAUCGGCCUGUGCCUCCUUACAUGCACGUUGGAUACAAUCCUAUGCAUGUCAUCCCACAGGCUGUACCACCCACUGCUCCUACCCAAGUGCCAGGGCAACGAUUGUAUAUGGGUUACCAACAACCAUGUGCUUUCCCACACUCAUUGCCACCGCAUCAGCAACAUCAACUCCGGCCUUCUGGGGAGAUUCAAGUUCGUCCGCCACCAAGUACUCCAACCAUGACUCCGCGGGAGAAAAUUGAAAAACUUAAGUAUCUGCAGCAGAUGCAUGCACGGUUGGCAGUGGAGCAACAGGGGCAACAAUUUGCUGCUCAAGGAAUUUCUACACCGGAUACAAUUGGUCUGAGGAAUGGGGUUACGCCUAUGCCCACUAUUCUAGCUGCGAAAGAUCUGGAUGUAGGUGUAAAUCCCAGUGAAUCUCAGAUGCCAGUGUCGGAAAGUGAUUUUGAGCCCUCCCUUUCGGUAGGUCAAACCAGCGUUGAUGCCGCAUCUGAUGACGAAGGUGGCUCAUUGGAAGCUGCAGUAUUGGAUGAACUCCAAAGUACUAUUAAGACGCAGUUGGAACUUGGAACUAGAAUGUGCAUAAGGGAUGCUUUGUAUCGAUUAGCAAGGAGUGCUAUGAAGAGGCAAGCUUCAAGUGGACGACCAGCUGGGGAUGACGGUGCCAAAUGUCCUCAAAUCUCUCAGGAGACUGAUGCCACAUCAACUGGACUUGAAUCUUCUACUAACAGCGAUCCUUCAUCAUCAAGCAGGGUUUCUAGAAUGGAUAUGUCUGUGGUGGAAACACACACAAAUCCUAUUGAUCGCACCAUCGCACACUUGCUAUUUCAUAAAAUGCAUCCGCAACCGAAUCCCACUCAAGUGGCACCUAGUGGUGGUAGCAACCGUGUCGGCUCCCAACAGACUAAACUUGCUGGACAAGUGAAUGGUCAUAUUACCUGGAACCAGGGAAGUGCGUUACAAGGCAACCGGGCUGCACAACAAGCUCCUAUGAACCCAGCUGGAGGGAUUCGUCAGAGCACUGUUCCUAGCGUUGACGUGGUUUCAGUACCUUCGCUUCCGCCUUCUAAGGUUCUCAUGGUAUCUACACCUGUUUCAAGACCGCAGGACGGUUCAGUUCUAAGGACAAUUGGAUCUACUGAACAACAAAAUGGCAUGGCAUUAGCAGGUGGUAAGGAAAGUGCAUUGAGUGGGCACUUGCAGGGCAAUGUGGCUGGAGCUAGUGGUAUGAGUGGUGAUCUUACUGCACCAAUUGGGUCACAGUUGCGAAAUGGAACAGAUGGUGAAUUACGAGCUGGAUCAGCUCAAAAUGCGGCAGGCUCAUCACAAACGGAACUUUGCAAGAUGAAAAAUGGAAUUCAGAGGGAGCGGCUGCAACAUGCUGCAUGUUUAAAAGAGCUUACUGAAGUCCUUGCUGAAGAUCUGGAUGUUGGAUCCGCUCCUCUACUUGGAGAAGAAAGUGAGCUGGCUCAGUCUGGACCACCAGUGUCUACAUCUAGCGGCACUGAUGAAUGUCAAGCUGGUGGUUUCUCAAAUCUUGCCAAAAGCCUUGAAAACGAAGAGAUGCCAAUGGAUGAGACGAUUUGAAGAAAGUUCAUACUGAGGCGCAGUAAACAAAAAAUGAAUAAAAUUUUGAGGUUAGGUGAUGCGGCUAUUACACAUUUAGGGAUAGUGAAUGUAUGGGCGAGAGGGUCUACCACGCAUGCGGAGCAGAAUUUCUGGAAUGAAUCACAGCAUUCGCCGGCCUUUCGCAACAAUACUUGCUCGUUUUUCAGAUUCAAGUCAUUGGGAGCUGUAUCGUGUUAUUGUAUAACCUUGGUGGCGUGGUUCAAGUUUGGUGAACAGUGUGUUCAGGAAGAGGAAUGCCAGAAUUUUAUGCGACUUACGUUUGCCAUGUUUCUAAGAUCUCCUCUUUGGUUUGAUUUUUGCGUGAGCGGAUUUGUCAAUGCUCAACUCUUGAAGAUGAAAGGGAGGAUCUUCAUGAGUUUCAAUCCUGAACUUCGGUUCCCUUCUGGCAAUUCCGAUAGUGCACAAACUAUUUGACUAAAAAUAUAAAGGUAUAUCAUAACCUUUAUACAAGGAUUCGAUCAUAAACUAAACGCAAUUUCAAUUUUCAGAACAAGGUGUAUUCCAGUAUUCAAAACAAUCUGCUGUAUAAUGGUCAGAUUGUUAUUCGUGACAAAGAUUGUCCAAAAGAAGAAAAUACAGAAAUUUCUGAUUCAAUUUAACAAAGACAAGAUUUUUUUGA